AUGGUUACAAUGAUGAGGUCCGUGACCUCUUCUUCCUCACUCCUCGUCUUAUCUCUUUUGGUCUUCUUCUUCUUCUUCUUCUUCUUCUUUGUUCUGGGUUUUCUUUUUGAGUUUGUGUUCGAUGAUUCUGAGAUUCUGCUUUGUGUUUUAGAGUCAUGGGUUCUUUUGAGAUAUCAGAGCGUAAGCCCAGAUUGUCUCCCUUUACCAAACGGCAAGAAGCCCACCAGCACCGUCGGCACGAGCGGGCGGUCAAUCCCAAACGGAGCCAGCUCGUCCCCCACGGGUUACGAAAUCAAAGGGUUCAGAUACAGAUCGCCGUCCAGAACGCAGGAUUUUCACCACCACAGCAGCAGCAGCAAUGGCGUCGCAGCCGGGAGCCCUUCGCGCUCCGAUAAACGGGAGGUUAGUCCACCCAGCCGGGGUGGGAGCGGCGAUAUGUUGCUGCAAUGGGGUCAGAAGAAGAGGGCGAGGGUAUCCCGGUCGGAGAUCCGGGCUCUGGCCGAUGAAUCCUCAUCUUCCGGUCAAGCCAGGCAACAACCCGUCGCCUCUAAGGACCCCAGGAGACUAGACGGCAGCAAGCUGCCGGCUCCCUCUAUGCAGCCUCCUCCGCCGGCGGCGGCACAACAUCCCCAGCAAACGACCAACGGCAGGGGAGGCAACCUCAGGAAAGAAACCGCCGCUCUCCUCCCGCAUAGGAAUUUGGAAAAGCGAUCUGCUGGGAACGGGUCCCCGUCUCGGGCUAGUGGUGGCGGUGGAAGCCGGCUGGUUUCUAGAUCUACUACGGCGGGGAAAAGAUCUCCUCCGACUCCAGACAAAGUUGAUAAAAAGGCUCAGCACCAACAGCAACAGCCCACCUCUCGGUCUAGCAGGGAUGAGAAAUUGAAUGGAUCAGCAGCAGCAGCUGCUGCUUUGCUGCAUCACCACCACCAAGCUGCAGCAGCUGCUGAUCAUCAUCAUCACGGGCACGGCCGCCACCACGUAGAGUCAACUUCAGGCCAAUUCGACCAUGAAGGUGGCCGUGGUGGUGCAGCUGUUCAUAAUAAUACAGCGGCAGCCCCGGUGGAAAGAUUGGCGGUGGAGUGGCCGAGGAUUUUUCUGUCACUGUCGAGGAAGGAAAAGGAGGAUGAUUUCCUGGUAAUGAAAGGCACCAAGCUUCCUCAACGGCCCAAGAAGAGGGCCAAAAAUGUUGAUAGAGGGCUUCAGUUUUGCUAUCCAGGGAUGUGGCUGUCUGAUUUGACAAAGAGUAGGUACGAAGUAAGGGAGAAGAAGAGUGUGAAGAAGCAGCAGAAACGGCGAGGAUUGAAGGGGAUGGAGAGCAUGGACAGUGAAUCGGAGUGA